AUGAAGUCAUUAUGUGCUCCGGUGUUAACUAUAAAAAGAGGUGAGGAAGAUGCUGACUGCCCUGUUCUUCUAGCCAGUAAUGGUUGCAUGAUCGAUUCUUAUAAGAAGGAUCACAAUGGACUGUUAGUUUCACAACAUCAAACCUGUGUUUUUGAAGAAAGAAAAUGUAAUAUAUAUGGGUUGACUUAUCUUGACAAACAGGAUGUUUUAUUCGCCUAUGGCGAAAAAUUGGUAGCAGUGAUACAUCAGUUUUCCAGCACUCCGCAGAAACAAGUAUUUACUUUUAAAGACUGGAUCCAAGCCUUGCGUGUUUUUAAUAAGCAAGAGGAGCCAAGACACUCCGUGGAGAUAGUAACACUGUCCAUCAAUAAUGCAGUGCAACUUCUCCGUCUGGACGUUUCUGCUGGAAGUUCAAAUCUUGCCAUUGAAGAAGUGACAACUGUGAAGUCAAGUUACCGAGUUUCCAUAACGCAUUCAGUUUUGGAUGGCGAUAGUUGGAAUAGUCUUCGCACAGUAGCUGGUACCGUUAUGGGUGAUAUAAUCAUUUCGUAUCCCUCCAAAUCUUCUUCUCCUUUUCACGUUCUAAGGCAUCACAUGGGUAUGAUUUUCGGCUUACUCAUAAAAUGUAACUUUCUGUUUUCUGUGUCGGAUGACAGGAGCUUGCAUAUGUGGUCCCUGGAUGAUGCUCGUCAUUUAGACGAAUGUUAUGGGCAUUCAACAAGGCCAUUUUCUAUUUGUGAUGGACCGCAAAAUGUGGUAUUCACUGGAAGUCAAGACGGAUGUAUAUGUAUGUGGUUGUAUGGUGAAUCAUUUGUUUCGCUUUUAAAGUUGAUACACACGGGUUGUGGUGUUAUCCGUUCUUUUCUGUUUGUAUCUCAAGAACUGUUUUUUGGCACAGAUUAUGGGUUCUUUGGAUCUGUAACAUUUCCAGAAAAUAUAGAAAAUAUGCAAACCGUUAACCUCAUUUAUCCAAAUCUGACAGUGCAAUCAUUCGUUGCGGUUUCACAACAAUGCUAUUAUAUUUUGGAUUUACAAGGAACACUAUAUGAAGCAAAUGCAGUUUCCUUAAGUAAAAUAAUGCAAUGCAGUUCCGCCAGAUCCAACUCACUGAAAUUAUCACCAUGCCGAAAAUACGUAGCUUUUUCAGAAGACAAAAAAAUGCAUGUAGUAAGAAUUGAGGACCGCAAAUGCUCUCUUUUUUGUACUGUUGAUCAAAUACUGGAUUUGUUUUGGGUUGACAGUUAUUUAUUUCUCACAUUAAUCAACUUUAAAAAUCUACUACUUCACUUAUCGGAGGAUAUGUCAGAAUGGAUAAACCACACUUUGCAAAUAGACGUGCGAGAAAUUUUCUCUUGUGUUACGAUUCAUGCCGGGGAUCUUUUUCUUGGUACAAACAAAGGUUCGAUUGUUGUUGCGCAUGAUCUUAAGAUGAAACAGAUUAUAAAACGAGCCCAUGGUAAAAAUGGUGUUACAGAUGUGAAAUUUUAUAGGAAUAAAUUAUUGUCUAUUGGACGUGAUGGGAAAUUGUGCAUCUGGAAGAGAGAUUAUGAGAAUCCUCUGCAGCUAUUGUCUUGGUCUAAACCUUCUACUGCAAUCGAAAUGGAAUGGCCGUGUAGGUUUUUGGAAGCAACAAACCAGUUAUAUGUGGCAGGGUUCCGUGGAGGUAACUUUAUUCUGGUGAAUUAUGAGAGCGGACAUUGCGUUUGUGACGUAUGGUGUGGUGGAAGACGUCGGUCAUGGUGCUUGUCAGUAUUGGAAGAAAAUGGAAAUUAUAAAGGAUCGAAAUCAUUGUGUUUUGAAUUUGUUAUUAAAAAAAGGAUUUCAAGAAUCACACUUUAUAUGAGUGAUUUACGAGUAAUUAAGCCUAAUUUGCAUUUGUCCAACAUCACAUCUAUAGCAGUUACAAAAAUUGAUCAAAAAGACUUUUAUGUUACCGGUGGUAUUGACGCUAUGCUUGUCUUAUCCAGAUUUACCAAUUCAGGAUCUGUUGAAGUAGUGCAGCGAUUGCAAGCUCAUUCGUCUUCAGUGUACUGUAUUUCUGCAAUGAGUCCAUACCUCAUAUCGGUUGGGGGAAAAUCUGAAAUUUUCAUUUGGCGUCUAGAAGCAGGAAAUCUACAGCAGUUAUUUAACACUCGCAUGAAAGGGGAUUGCAGAUUGUUAAGUGUUCAAUUUGUAUCAGUCAGUCCUUACAUUCGAUUCGUGGUUUCAUGCUCGGAUGGAAGAUUAAUGAUUUACGAGUUAAGUAAAGUUUUGGAUUCAAAAAAACAAACAGUUUUAUUUGAAUCGUUUGGUGGUGAUGGAAUUAUGGUUAAAGUUUCUUGCGCUUCGUUAAAUGAAAUCGCUCUAUGUGGCGCUGUCUCAUCUACAGGAAUGUUACACAUCUGGAGUUUAUCAGAAUUAGUUGAUGUGAAAGAUCAUAGAAGGAUUGAAGUGGAGAAAUGUGGACUCAGUGCAUUGAGCAUGUACAGCGAAGAUGAGCUCUUAUACGUUGGUGUAGGCUCUGAAUCAGGCACUGUCAGUAUAUUUCAGUUCGAAAAAAAUUGGAAAUUUGUGAAAAGUAUUAACUGUUGGCAUAGUGCUACAUGCACAGAUUUGCGUCUUCAUCGAACCGCGCAAUCAUUUUUGGUAUUUUCAAUAGCAUUAGACUGCAGAUUAGCUGUGUUUCUCUAUUCUCCUGGUUUUAAAAUGUUGAGCUUCCAGCAGUCUGUGUUAUUAAAUAUCGCCGAUCCUUCAUCGUUAAUCGUCUCGAAUGUCAGUAACAAACUAGCGAAGUGUAUAAUAGCUGGUACAUCGAUCUGUCUUGUUUACUUCGACGAUUCUCCUCCACAUUUCUGUGAUGGAUAA